UACACACCAGGGCAGCAGCAGGGAAAUAGCGAGCUGUCUACCACCGGCGCAGCCAUAGUGACGAACUGCCUAAGACUUCGCGCACCGAAGCGACAACAUGGGGCCUAACGCAGGAGGAGGGAAGAGAAACAAGGUCGAUGCUUCCAAGGUUGCAUCGGCUAGAGGGCGCUUCAGCAGCAACGCGUUUCCGGGAAACAAGAAGGUGCCGAGGGUUUUUGAGCGGCACGCCGAAAAAGAAAGGAGGCGGCGGGCGCGGUGGCAGCGGGGCCGGCGCGAAACCGUCCGACGCUGGCGGGAGAGGAAAAGCAGGCGGGGGAAGGGGAGGGGCGGGGCGGCCCACAGAUGCCACCGUCAUCCAAAAGCUUUCGGAGAGAGUUUCGUCGGGAGCUACGUCGGGAGUCGGGUUGGCGGCAGGAGGCGGGAGGGAUCCAUUGAAGGGAGUUGACGUUGCUGGCCUGGAGGAGAUCAGCAUCGCUGAGGGAGACUGGCAGAGCGUUUUUAGGCUCCUCAAGGACAUCGGUCUGUUCGAUUCUGCGGGCCCAGACGGCGGCAACAGCAGCAGUGGCAGCACCCUGUCCUCCGCGGGACCAACGCCCCCGCCGAGAAACACCACCUCCCCUGGAGAUCCCGGUGGUCCUAACACCGCGACCGGUCCGGGCGCCUCGUCUCGCCAAACCUCGGCAGAACCCGCUGCCGCCGGUGCUUCCGCUCGCACCACUACUGCGGCCACCACAGCAGCCGCUCCUUCCAAUCUGCCGACCGCCCCUGCGACGAGUCAAACGCAGCAGGAGCAGCAGCACGACCCGGCCAUCAUGUCUUACCUGACCAAGCUACUGGCGUUCCCGGAGGCGGACGCCGCGACGGCCUUGUCCAACACCUCGGGGAACGAUCUCGCCGAGGCGCUGGACUACCUCUGCCUGCACACGGACGACGCGGGGCUGAAGCGGGGGUUCCGCAGGGGCAGCGGCGGGGGAGGAGGGGGGGGUGUGGGGCAUAAAGGUGGUGGNCGGGGCUGA